AUGAAGGUUACUACCUCAAUAGCAGCAUCCUUUGUUCUGCUACUCAUUCUGAUUUCAGCAAAUUGUUUGUGUUGUGAAGCACAACAGUGUCGUCCUAGUGGCAGAAUCAUUGGAAAGAAGCCCCCACCAGGAGAAUGCAACCAAGAGAAUGAUUCAGACUGUUGUGUCCAAGGCAAGAGUUACACAACAUACAAAUGUUCUCCAGCAGUGUCAAGCAACAACGAGGCCCAACUCACUCUCAACAGUUUUGAAAAGGGUGGAGAUGGAGGAGGGCCUUCAGCAUGUGACAACCAGUACCAUUCUGAUGACACACCAGUGGUUGCACUUUCCACUGGAUGGUUUAACAAUAUGAGUAGGUGCCUCCAUAACAUUACCAUCAGUGCAAAUGGCAAAAGUGUUGUGGCCAUGGUGGUGGACGAAUGUGACUCUACCAUGGGAUGUGAUGAAGAUCAUGAUUAUCAACCCCCUUGUCACAACAACAUUGUUGAUGCCUCCAAGGCUGUCUGGAAAGCCUUAGGUGUGCCUCAAAAUCAAUGGGGAGGACUGCAAAUUACAUGGGCUGAUGCUUAA